GUCAUGUAGUUUACUCAUCCGCGUUUUAUCAUCUAAGUAAUACAUAAGAUGAACAAUGAUAGUGUCCAACUGCCCACACUCUGGUCUGGCGAUCUUCACCCUGAUGUGACCGAGUCCAUGCUCCUGCAGAAAUUCACCUUUGUAGGGCCAGUUUACUCCAUCCAACUCUGCAGGAACAAGAGAACCGGUACAUCACUCCAAUAUGCUGUUGUUAACUUUCAGCAGGAGCAGGCCGAUGGUGAAAGAGUCUUAGAGGUGCUGGUUUUUAACACCCUUUUGAGUCAGCCUAUACGUAUCACUUGGUCCGAGGGGAACUCGUUUCUAAGAAAAAACAAAAUGGGAAAAGAUUUUAUCAAGACCCUGGAGAAGUCUAUUGACAGCAUGCCCCUUUAUAACACUUUGUCCACCUUUGGCAAUGUCAUGUCAUGCAAGCCGGUGUACAAUAAAAAUGGAUGCAGAGGACUUGAUUAUGUUUACAUGGAGAAGUCUGAGUCUAAGACUGCCAUCAAGAGGCUGACUCGCAUGCUGAUAAAUGGCCAACAUCUGUAA